GCUGUAGUCAUCUAUUGGAAAUUCUGCGUAUAAUCCCACUCCAAAAAUAAGACAGACAAUGUUAGCGCGACCCACCCUGCGCACGAAGCUAGAAUUGAAGUGACAUAACCUCAUCCAAUGCCCUAUUUUUGUUUCAUUUCAGUUCAAAGGGUCAAAAUUUGCCUGCAUUGCUAAAUUUGUGUUCCAUUUGGUGAAAAGAUAUUCUAUGUGUUUUCAAGGAUGAAAGAAGAUACAUUGGAACUUGCUGACUGCAUUGGGGAGAGUGAGGACAGAGAAGCAAAACCCAGUUCUUCACCUAUCAUGACAGACUCAGGAGAUACUGGAAAAUGCCCUCUAAAAAGAACCUACUCGUCAGAUGACGAAGAUCAGAGACCAGUCAAGUUUCCAAGGAUUAGCUCACCCUCUGCCGAAAGUGUUUUUCCAUCUGUUGAACACAGUGAUGUCAAAACUGUGAUAACAGAUUGUCAAAAUACUUUGAAUGAUCCGGACCCUGAAGCUGGAUGCUCCAAAGAUUAUGUGGCAUAUAAUUCUGAAGCAUCUCUUGAAGUAGGAGACCACAAGGAUCCCCUCACAACAGACAGUCAAAAUAGCAAACAAGAUGCCGAUGAAGAGUCUACUUUGCCUGUUGAGUUGAUGAAUUUAUCAGAUGAUGUGUUGCUAAUCAUCAUGUCAAAUCUGAAACCAACUGAUCUACAAAAUCUCAGCUCUUGUUGCCAGCGCCUUUGUCGAGUAGCAAGUGAUUGGAGCUUGUGGAUGGAUGUGGAUUUUAGACCUCACAAAUUGCUUGAGGGUCAGCUGCAACGAUUCUUACCGUUUUUUAGUGAUACUACAGAGAAAAUAGUAACCAGGGGCUUUGUUGCGAGUAAACCUAUGCCUCGUUGGAGAACAGAAUGCUUAUCAAGUGAAUUAUUGUCUUCAAUUGCCACUGAAUGUCCAAACUUACGCACAUUUAUAGCUGAAGAACAUUGCAUUGAUGCUAAUAAGAUUAAGAUAUCAGCUUUUCCUUCGGGAAUUGAACAUCUCUCUUUGAAGGCUUGUGAAAUUAUCAAUCCUCCAACAGAGUCCUCUUAUUUCAACAGUAUAUGUCGAUAUCUUCCACAUUUGAAGGUUUUGGAACUAACUGAUUGCAAGUGGCUUCCCCCUCACUCCAUCAUGGCUCUAAGUAAGCUGAAACAUCUUGAGGAGCUUCAUCUGGAUGGCUGUUCUUUAAUCAAGGACUGCAUAGCUUAUGCCAGUUUGGCAUUCAACUUGGGUUUUUCACAGCUUAAGGUUCUAGACCUGAGACGAACUGGUGUUUCUGACAGUGAACUGUCUUGUCUAAACCGUUCCAAUCGCCUUACCCAUCUUUAUCUGGAGUACCCUUACAGUAAUGGUAUUGAUAAUAAUGAAAAUGGAGCCCCUCGAGCUUGUCAUCUUCCUGGAAUCAUCAGUGAUCUAGGGUUGAGAUCACUAGUUAUUUCAGACAAACCACAUGUAUUGUUUAACAAUGCUCAGUUUGGUAUUGUCAGUGAAGAAAUUCAUGUGAUGGCUCCCUUAAAAGACAGGGUUUCCCUUUGCAAACUCCAUACACUUGUAGCAAGAAAUUUCAAGCUCGUCACAGAUGCUACACUAAAUGAACUUCAUUUUGCUCAGAGUUUGCGUUAUUUGGACCUUAAGGGAACUCAAAUCACACACCAUGGUGCAGAAACAUUCCGAUCUUCAAGACCUGAUGUCACUCUCAUCACAAGUUAUGAUGAUGAGUUUACAUAAUGUGUUUGUGAUAUUUUACUAACUAAAAUUUUGAGAUGUUAUUAUGAUCCGUGAUACUGCUUAAUCCUCUAUGUUGUAAUUGGAAUAAUUGAUCAGCAUGAGAAGAUUAUCAGCCCUCUUUAUUUUCUUUCUUUCAUUAGCUGUUUGUUCCAUUUCUAAAAAUUUAUGUGAUUUUUAAUUAUGCAUGUAAUAUUGAAUGGUUUUAUGAAAUAUGCAUGGCUACAAGUAUCACUUGACGAGACACCUUUAUUUGGUAUACAAGCAAAUAUUCGCCCGAGUUACCAAGUUGCUGCUUCAAUAGCACAACUAAUUUGAGAUGUUUAAGCCCCUGAACAUCUCUCUUCCUGCAUACCUGACUAUUGAGUUCAGUACUCAAAAUAUUAAAAAUAAUAUUUUUCUCUUCUCAAUUAAUUUUUCAUUGCACAUCAUUUAUGUAGCCUGUCUAAACAUAUACAAUAAGCAGGUACUCAUUUGGAAAGUCAAAUCAAGUUCUCCCUUCAGGUGACUUUCUGUGUUUUCUGUAAAUAUCUAAAACUAUCUACACUCAUUUGAAUAUUUUUACCUGGUGAUUUUUACCUGACCUUGUGCUUCUUAUUAUUAUUAUUAAAUUUGAAUUCCAUCUGCAAAUUUCUCAAGAUUCAUCUUCAUCCCUCUAUAUUCCAUGACAUGCUACAUGGAUGAGACUUUAUUUCAGCUGUUAUUGUAAACAUGUUUGUGUGUUUUUGUGUGUUUUUGUGAAGUUUAGUGUGUAUAUAGUGUCUCAAAACACAUCUAAAACGGAAUGUAGCUUGUAUUCUGUUUAAAGGUAUGAGAAUGCUUCUUUCAUAGAUUGCUGUUACAAUUUUUUUCACUGUUCUAUGACCCUUAUUUCCCACACUAGAUUUUGUUUCUAGGAAGUUCCUUUAUGAAUUGUCAUGUUUUAACUCCUGACGUUUUCUCUCCUCUUUCAAUUGUUUCAUAAAUCAUACUUUGUUUAAAAGCGAAGACUGCUUGUUGGUUAGUGCAAAAUUGUGUGGACUUCAAAAAAUUCUCCUGACAGUUGUGUGAGGAAUGUUCACAAGUGCUUCAGCACUCAUUUUAAAGACUUAAGUUAUGUACAUCAUUUCCAUUUUGUCAAAUUUAUAGGACUUAAGUGAUAAAACUUCUAAAAUGUUAACAGGGUAGCUCAAUGUGUUUGUUACAUCUGGCAUCACCUUGCAGACUAGAAGUAAGCUUGUACUAUGUGUGGAAGUGUGUUUGGAUCAAUUCAGCUUUAAAAUACAGCUAUAAAAGUAUUUUUUUUUCCAUGUAGAAACAGUUGAGCACAUGUCAAAAUCGCAUCAGAUAUUUUUCAUGAAAGAUGUCUUUUGUAGUGUAAAUUUUAUGCAUUCUGUUGGACCUCUUUAGGAAAAAUUCUUUAACAUGUUAUGUGUAGAAGUCAUUUCCCUCUUAUUGGAGAGCCUCACUGGGGAACAAAUAUUUUCAAUGAAAAGAAAUGCUGAUAUGUUAUAUCUACAUUUCAUAUGAUUAUCAAUUCAGAGUGCUACAUCUAUAAAAGCACUGUAACAUUGUUUGUUUGUUUGUUUUGUCCCAGAGUGUGUAGUGAGAGGUAGAGAGUUAUUGGUUGAUUGAUGUUAUAUGUACAGGCAGGAGUUGAUAUUCAAUGAAGAGCUUGUGAUAACGACUAUCAUUAUUAUCAUCAUGUAUCAUCAAAAUUUUGAAAGGCAUCCCGCCUUCUUUCUAUAAAACAGUAAUUUAAUGUUGAAGUAGCAAUACCUUGUAUCUGCAACAGUUCUGUGAUGUAACUUUUGUUGUUUUUCUUGAAUCAUUAAUAUGCAUUUGUCAGACGUAUAUCUACAUAUAUAUAUUCUAUAUAUAUAUUUGAUGCAUUAUGUGCAUUGUUUUCUUUUUCUUUAUUGUUUUCUUUUGUAAAAGUUCAUAUACCUUCUGUUAAUUUCCUUAUUUAUUGUAAUUUAGAAACACAUGAAAACUCUUAUUUAUUUUUGAUUCAAUGUUCAGAGAUUACCUGAUUUCUGCUUUGUUGGAUGGAUUGUUUGGUAAAAAAAAAAAAAAGUCUAAAAUACUUAAUGGGACGGUUGUUGACGUACUGUAUUGUACUUAAAACGACUUGAAACUAAGGAAUGGUAAAGCACUGCAUUUAGGUACAGGUCAUAAAAGCAAAAGCAAAUCUAUCUGUUAUAUGGGCAAAAAUUUCAUUUCGUUUGAUAACCAUCAAACUACAAUUGUAUAAUGUCAGGAAAAGUGAAGCUUAAGAGCUUCUCGCAUUUAGAAAGUUUGCUGACCUUCAUUGCUCUAUGUAGUAAACUAGAUUUUGACCAUAGAAGAACUCUCAGCCACGUUCCUAAACUUGGCAAAUUUUAGAGUUGAAAGCCAUGCAUUAGAAUUUGGGCAUGACAACAGUGGUUGUGUUCUUAUAAAUGAGUGCUGCGCUAUCACUGCCAAGCCUCUUUUUUUAUUAAAAAAUUAAAAUCUAAUUCAAUGGGCUGCUCAUGUAUUACACCAUGGUAUUCAUGCCUAGAGACGUGUCAUAGUUUUUACACUUUCCAGAGAAGAAAAUUUGGUUAACAUUAAUGAGAUUUAUUUUAGGCCAUUUGUGACGUAUGAAGGAUGUGAAAGUGAUUAGCAUUAACACAGAGAACUAAAUCUUACAGGGUUUAGCAAUCGUUGCUUGCAUAAAAUAUGUCAUGUUGUUUGUGAGCGUAGUUAUUUACUGACAGUGCAUUACAACAUAACAGAUUUGGUGAUUUUUCUGAGCAAUAUUUUAUGUACUAUAGUGUAAGGGCACACAUGUUAUGUAGUAUAAUUUUAGCAAUCAAUGUCAUACUGCAUUGACCGAUAUGAAAGGGAAAAAAUGUUACAUCUUAAGGUUUGUUUUUAAGUGGCUUUACUGUAGUGUGCAAUAGUUAUGGCCAUCAGAGAUGUAUUUUUUAGUUAAAGCCCUUCAUAUCUGAUAAAUAAAUGCAAAAGUUUUGGCUUGUAUAAGGAUGAUUAAUGUAAUUUGGAAUUUUCAUUUCCAAACACUCACCUUAAUAAUGUGAGUUGAAUUUUAGCAAAAUAGGACCCAUAAGGUGCUUGGAACUUUUACAAGAAUGAACAUCUCUCAAUAAGUAAAAGUCUCAAAACUUUCUGUUAUUUAAAUUAAAAAAGAUACAUAUUGUUUGUAAGUCUAGAUAUACUGAAAGUAUCAAAAUGCACUUUUUGAACUUUGUCAAGUUGCUAGAACUCUGUAGACAUUAUAUUUUACUUAGGUGAUAUCUGCUAAAAUUGUUCUCACAUCUAACAUCAGGUUCAGUCCAUUUAUUAAAUCUUUCAAGAUUGCUCCACA